UCAUUUCUUACAAAUGUCAGUCUCAGAUACCAAAUAAAUAAUGAAGCGUGAAGGAUGUGCUUUCUUCCGGAAUCCUGCUGAUGGCUUGCAUCAGUGACUCUGUGGAGAGGUGAUUACUCAGAAUUGGAGUGCACUAAAGAAAUGAUCACCUUGUUUCGUUCUCAGGUGGUCUCAAGAACCAUCCUACAGCUCUUUUUUCAUUGUCUUCUUCGUGGAUUUCACAACCCGGUUCUGGCUGAUAUCCCCGAAAAGCACUGCCCGGACAACAGUUCAAAUGCCACAAACAGUGCAUAUCGGGGCAACCUCCAGGAGCUCACUUCUUGGAUGAUAAAGAACGCUUCUUCCUCCAAGUUCUUCGAGGACUCGUCUGGGAACUCCCCAAAUAAAGUUUAUGGUCAAUACAUGUGCUUCAACUAUGUCCCCAAUUCAACAUGCCAAAGUUGCAUAGUCAAGGGAUCAGAAGACAUCCUGGAGCUUUGUCCAAACAAGAUGGAAGCCGUCGUUUGGGAGGAUUCUUGCCAGUUGCGUAUAUCCGACCAAAAAUUUUUCGGCCGUCUGUUUGAAAUAUACAAACAUCAGUUCAAUCCGAAAAAUAUAUCUGACCCUGGCAAGUUCCGGUCAGUGGUAGAUGAAACUUUAAGUUUUCUUGCCCGGAAAGCAGUUCUUGAGUCUCCAGGGACUUACUAUGCUACUAAGGAAAAGGAAUUUGAAUUGGGCACAAACCAGACUUUAUAUGCUCUUGUUCAGUGCACUCAGAACUUAACAGCAGAUGAUUGUCGCAAGUGCCUCCAAGAAGCAACAAGACAUGUGAAAGAUUGCUGCUAUUUUUCGCUCGGAGCAAGAGUUCUAAGUCCGAGUUGCUACUUGCGAUAUGAGUUAUAUGAUUUCUAUGGAACAAACGAGCCGGUGAAGAAGUCUGCAGGGAAAAAGUGGCUGAUCAAAGUUCUCACAAUUUCAUUGCUCUGCUUGGCGGCAAUCAGUUUGUGCUCCUGGAUUUUCUUCAUCGUCAUCAAAAGGAAGAAAGACCUCGCAGAUAAACAGGAUCAACCUCUGGUUACUGGUGAUUCUGCUCAUGGUAUUCUUCCAUUGCGAUACAUCCCAGGAAAUACUCUGACUGAAAUUCAAGAUCAUCCAUAUUUUGAUAUGAGAUGCAUACUUGCGGCUACUGACAACUUCUCAGAUACACUAAAACUAGGACAAGGUGGAUUCGGUCCAGUUUACAAGGUGGCAAUAGUUCAAUUAAAAAAAAGUGUUGGUUGCCGAAUUUUAAAUAGAUACUCUUGCUUUUCUGGAUUGGUAUUUUUAUGGGAUGGGAGAGAAGUUGCGGUGAAGAGGCUAGAGAGCUGGUCAGAGAAGGGUUCCGAAGAAUUCAGAAACGAAGUCCUACUCAUAAUGAAACUUCAACAUAAGAACCUUGUCAGGCUUCUUGGAUUUUGCGCAGAACGAGAGGAGAAGUUGCUUGUCUAUGAGUAUAUGCCAAAUAGAAGUCUUGAUGUCUUUCUCUUCGACGCACAGAGAAGGAUCGAGCUGAGUUGGAGCAGACGUCUGAACAUAAUCAUCGGCAUCGCUCGAGGUCUGCUAUAUCUUCAUGAGGAUUCUCGUCAAAGAAUCAUCCACAGAGACCUCAAAGCAAGCAAUGUAUUAUUGGAUUGCGACAUGAACCCAAAAAUCUCUGACUUUGGACUGGCAAGGAUCUUUGCAGGAACAGAAAAUGAAGCAAAUACUGCUACACUAGUUGGAACCUAUGGUUACAUGGCGCCGGAGUAUGCAAUGGAGGGGUUAUAUUCCAUAAAAUCGGAUGUCUACAGCUUUGGAGUUCUCCUGCUUGAGAUAAUAACAGGGGAGAGAAAUGCCGGCUUUUGUCAGUCAAGACGUGCCUCGAGUUUGCUAGCCUAUGCAUGGCAAUUAUGGAAUGAAGGAAGAGCAAUGGAGUUGAUGGAUCCAUUGCUGCACAACAAGUGUUGUCCUGAAGAAUUCAUGAAAUGUGUCCAUGUCGGACUUUUGUGCGUUCAAGAAGACGCGUUCGACCGGCUGACCACGUCGGCUGUCAAUGUGAUGCUCAAAAUGGAUGCUGUAAUUCUCCGUCAACCUUUUAAACCCGCCUUCUCGGUCAGUGGAUUCACUCAUUGGUCCGAUGGAGGUGUUGACGACAGUGAUUAUUCCGUUAAUGGCUUGACGGUUUCCACUGUGGCACCUCGGUGAGAAAAGUCUACCCUAGGAGAUAAACAUUGUUCUUUGUACAAGUGUACUGCUUGGACAUGGUAACUUGUACACUAGUUAUUCGCUAAACAACCGAUUCUCAACCAUAAGCUGUUUAAUUUUGUGAGAUGUCCAUCUCGGCUCGAGAGACAUCGACACGUCGAGGACCUUAUCAUUUUCCAACCUUCCUUGUUGAUUUUCAUGGCUCUUGAGCCGGAAAUAAAAGCUCCUAAUAUGAAUCCAUGUUCUUCCUCA